UUUGAUUGGCACAACCGGAAAAAGAAAAAAAAAAUUGAAAAUGGAGAAGUGGAGAGCUACAAGCAAUCUCCGGCGAUCAUUGAAAUCGGUUCUCAACCGUCGAUUAAGUCCUGGUUCAGAUUUUACGUAUUUCAAUGAAAAGAGGAGUUUUCCGGCGCGAUUCAAUCCGAUCAGAGAUCAGAGAAGUCUCCGAGAAGCGAAUGCGAUUCAGUACAGAUAUUUCAGUUCAGUGUCGACGCUUGUUCAAAGAAAUCCUUCAUUUUCGACCUUAAAUUCCGAUGACAUCAGUUACUUUAAGCGGUUACUAGGAGAGAAAAAUGUUAUUCAAGAUGAGGAUAGGCUUGAAACUGCAAAUACGGAUUGGAUGCACAAAUACAAAGGCUCCAGUAAGCUUUUGCUUCAGCCUCGAAGUACUGAGGAGGUAUCACAGAUUCUUAAAUAUUGUAACUCAAGGUGUUUGGCUGUUGUUCCCCAAGGGGGAAAUACUGGUCUUGUUGGUGGGAGUGUGCCUGUUUUUGAUGAGGUGAUUGUCAGUGUUGGUUCAAUGAAUAAUAUCAUAAGUUUUAACAAGGUCAGUGGUAUAUUGGUAUGUGAAGCAGGAUGCAUACUAGAAAAUCUUAUCUCUUUCCUGGACAACCAAGGAUUUAUUAUGCCUCUGGACUUAGGUGCAAAAGGAAGCUGUCAAAUUGGUGGAAAUGUUUCAACUAAUGCUGGUGGUUUGCGUCUUGUACGUUAUGGUUCACUUCACGGGAAUGUACUUGGUGUUGAAGCUGUUUUAGCAAAUGGUGAUGUGCUUGAUAUGCUUGGGACUCUGCGUAAAGAUAAUACUGGGUAUGACUUGAAGCAUUUGUUUAUAGGAAGUGAAGGAUCUCUGGGAAUUGUAACUAAAGUUUCUAUACUGACCCCUCCCAAGCUGUCUUCUGUGAAUAUAGCUUUUCUUGCAUGCAAAGAUUAUUCUAGCUGCCAGAAACUUCUCAUGGAAGCGAAAAGAAAGCUGGGGGAGAUUCUGUCUGCUUUUGAAUUUUUGGAUAACCAGGCAAUGAAUUUGGUUUUGCAUCAUUUAGACGGAGUUCGGAAUCCAUUACCUGCCUCAAUGCACAGCUUCUAUGUUCUGAUUGAGACAACGGGCAGUGAUGAAUCUUAUGAUAGGGAGAAACUUGAGGCCUUCUUACUUAGCUCAAUGGAAGGUGGUUUGAUUUCUGAUGGUGUUCUUGCACAAGACAUAAACCAAGCAUCCUCGUUUUGGCGAAUCCGUGAGGGUGUGCCAGAAGCUUUGAUGAAAGCUGGUGCUGUUUACAAAUAUGAUUUGUCAUUGCCUGUCGAAAAGAUGUACAAUCUUGUGGAUGACAUGAGAGUAAGACUUGGUAACUUGGCCAAAGUAGUUGGAUUCGGUCACCUUGGGGAUGGAAAUUUGCACCUUAAUAUUUCUGCUCCACAGUAUGAUGAUACAAUUUUAGAACAAAUUGAACCAUAUGUCUAUGAGUGGACAUUUAAGCACCGAGGGAGUAUCAGUGCCGAACAUGGCCUGGGACUGAUGAAAGCUAACAAGAUUCAUUACAGUAAAUCUCCUGAAACUGUACAAAUAAUGGCUUCCAUUAAAAAGUUGCUUGACCCAAAUGGGAUACUCAACCCAUACAAAGUUCUUCCUCACUGACUCGAUUCAUAGAGAUGGGGCAGGGAACGCGACCACGAAGCCUAUUUUUCAGUCUCACCACAAAGAGGAUUUCUAACAGUUUCAAACAUGCAACGAAAAAGAUGCGUUGAUGGAGGUGAGCUUAAAAUAGGAAAAGGCGAGCCCCAAGCAGUUUCCAUGAAGAAUAUUGAUCUGGAAAACAAAGGGCACCGCUUCUGAUAUUACCAUUGAAUUUGGUGUAAUCAUUGAAUAAGCGAUGGACCAGCAAAAUAUAAGUUGAACUUCGUUGCACCAGCAAAAUGUUUAUUAAGCUUUUCUGUAAUGUGAUUUUCUAUUAAAGUUGAUGUGUCUUGAAUCUUUCUUAAUGUGCACCGAUCGGCAUUGGGUGGUUUAUAGGCAAACAAGUUGAAGUUCCAAGGGCCCAAAAACAUUUUUGCCAGUUGCAUCAUCCAUGAACUGAUACUAACAGCUAGCCACUUCUCAGUUUUCCUUCAAACCCCAGCCAAUAUAUUUGGAUAGCACAACUUUUCCCACUAGUGAACAGGUAAAAGCAAUGAUGGUUUGACAUUCUUUGUGCGUUCAUUAAUUUGUUAUGUUGUAAAGCAGAAUAUAUGUUUAUCCAAAUGAUUUCCAAAGAGACAGAUUGCAAAGGAAGAGCAUUCCAAUUAGCAAGGCUGGAAUAUGCUUUGCCAUGUCCAAAGAUUCUUAAAUGGAGAGAAAGUGAAAAGUAAGAUCCUCCAUUCCUACGUUGGUUGUUCCUUGUUGCUG